AUGAUACCCAGACUACAACGGCUGAGCCUCCUGGCCACCCUCUUGGGCCUCACCUUCGUAUGCUUGUGCGCCGCCCACACGGUCCAGAUACCUCCCGAUGCCUCGGUCUCGUCCUUGAUUGCCUCCGGAAAGGCUGCACGUGCCCGAGGAGCCAACAAUGAAGCCAUUGCUUACUUCGAUGCAGCCGUGUCAAAAGAGCCGUCAGACUACCUUACAUUGUUCCAACGCGGAGUGACGCAGUUGUCUUUGGGCAGGAAUGCACAAGCAGGCGAGGACUUCGACAAAGUAUUGAAACUAAGACCUGGUUUUGAGGGCGCUUUGUUACAACGAGCCAAAAUCAAAGCGAGAAACGGGGACUGGGCUGGAGCGAGACAAGAUUAUGCCACGUUGGGGGCUCGAGCCGCCGAAGAUCUAGCACAGCUGGAGGAAGCAGAGGGUGCAGCUUAUUUGGCGUUUGAGGCAGAAAAGAAAGGCGACUGGGAUACGUGCAUCAACCAGGCUGGAAUUGCAGUAAUGACCGCCGGGACAGCCGUCUCGCUUCGCCAGCUGCGAUCUCGAUGCCGGUUUGAGCGAGGUGAGGUGCAAGAAGGCAUAAACGAUCUAGCGCACGUACUACAAAUUCACCCUGGCCUUGUCGACCCUCAUGUCCAGAUCUCCGCAAUGCUGUUUUACAGUCUGGGCGACACCGAGCGUGGUCUGACCCAGGCGAAGAAGUGCUUGCAUUCGGAUCCGGAUUUCAAACCCUGCAAGUCGCUGUUUCGGGAGGAAAAGGUCAUUCAAAAGCAGAUCGACAAGGUACAGAGUCUCAUGGACAAGAGACAAUUCAACUCUGCAAGCAAAAUCCUGGCGGGGAAGACAACCGAAGACGAACCCGGGCUUCUGUCAGAGUUGAAAGUGAAUAUUGCAGUGCACCGUGCGAGUGGAAUCAUCCAUGCCAAUGCCCCGUCCCAACUAUACACGAGCCUGCUGGAGAUGACCUGCCAAGCAUACAUGUCGAUGAAUAAUAUCAACAAGGCCAACCAGUAUUGUCCCGAACUCCUCAAGUUGAACCCGACAUCGCUGCACGGUCUGUUGUACCAAGCACAGAAACACAUGGACAACGACGAAUUCGACGCGGCAAUCGCUGCGCUCAACACCGCCCGGGACAAUCACCCCGACUCCCAGGGCACGAUCAAUCAGAAAAUGCAGGAGGCUCAAACUGCCUUGAAGCGUAGCAAGACCAAGGACUACUACAAGGUACUCGGGGUGCCUCGUGACGCCGACGAGAGGACGAUCAAGAAAGCCUACCGGACCGCGACCAAGAAUUUCCAUCCAGACAAGGCCGCUGCAAAGGGCGUUUCAAAAGAAGAAGCCGAGAAGAAGAUGGCCGCCAUAAAUGAAGCGUACGAAGUCCUUAGCAAUCCAGAACUGAAAGCCAGGUUUGACCAAGGAGACGAUCCGAACGACCCACUCGCGAACCAAGGCGGCAGUGCGUUCCAACAAGGCAGUCCCUUCGGAGCAGGCGGACAGCAAUUCUUCUUCCAACAAGGAGGAGGUGGUGGUGGUGGCGGUCAGAGACACUUCAAGUUCUCCCAAGGAGGGUUCCCAGGUGGUGGCGGCGGCGGCGGAAACCCGUUUGCUGGCUUCCCUGGGUUUGGAUGA